AUGCCACGCGGGUCUGAGCAGCAGCAGCAGCAGCAGCAGCAUAUUUUUAAACCCGAUUCCGCACGCGAAAAUGAUCAAAUUGCCGGCGGUUAUUGCGAAUCCGCAGAUCGCGAAUCGUUCGGUUCAGUUGCGGAAGUGAUAUUUCGCCUCUUCGCUUCCUCGUCCGUCACCCCGUCCACACCGCCGCCAAUUGAAGUAUUAUAA